GCGGCGCAGAGGAGCGCGGAGCCCGGACUGAUGGUUCCCAUAGAUGUUCUCUAUGUUCUCCUGACUCUGAGCUACGUGACAGCUGAAUCUCCCACCUCAUCUGUGUCUGUGGAGGAAGGAGACGCGGUCACCCUGAGAUGUGUGUUUCCGGGAGGCCAUGGCUCAGACAUUCAACUGCUGACACCGAGGGGCUACACCAGUUACUUUAAUGGGGAGAAAGUUCUGAAGGACAGAAGAUAUGAGUUAGUCCGCUCCUCGAGGAAUAAGAUGGUAGUCCGCCUGUCCAAUGUCACGGGGGCAGACGAGGGGGUGUACGCCUGCCUGUACUACAGCUCCCCGGUACAGACCAAGAGGGUCCGGCUCUCCGUCUUGGCCACAGUCACAGAGUUAACGACUACUGAGAACAUCCGCCGCCAGUCAGAUGUUGUAACGUUGGUUCCAUCUUCAGAGGAAGACACGACACCAGAUGUGAAGACGUCAGGAAGAGGGAAGGCAGAUGAAACCAGAGGAACUUCCAAUCCAGCUACAGACACGAUGGAUGCGAACCUGACAAUCGCCACCAAUGAAACCUCAUCCACCGAAAACAUCACAGCCAUAGAGAAUACAGGAAGAUACACGACAGGUGGAGCAGAUAGAAGUGCAACCGCAGAUGUUGUGACAUUUACUUCAUUCUUGGAGGACUCCACGUUGGUUACUGAAGUCACCACAAAUACCAGUACCACCACAGACUAUGACGUACAGUCCUCCAAGAGGCAAUCCCACCGCACUCUCAUCCUGGUCCUGGUGUCUCUCAUGCUUUGUGUCUUGAUGGUCAUCGUGCAUCUGUUCCUGUUAAAGCUGAGAAAAGCUCAUUACUCCUGGAAGAAAGACCCGAUGCAGUCAGCAAAUGAAUGAGACGCGGAGAUGGGGGUUGUAUGGCCGGCUGUGUCUGUGUCGCCCGCUCUGCGCACACCUGCUGCUCGCCAUUCUACAGGCUGUGGCACACAAUAGGCCAGAGUUUCCCAACCAAGAAAACGAAACAUCGGAUCAGACGCUAGAGAGCACGAAGUCCAGAUCUAACAACGAGGAGACGUCCAGUCAGAACAAGAACACCGGCGCCGCCAACGCCGCGCCAGUGAAUGCCGACCACAAGGUCCCCA